UGAUUUAGACCAAUUUUUAUAUCAAUUUAAUGAAGCAACCAUUGAACUUUCAUCACAAAAAUAUCCUACUAUUGCACAUUCAAGAGUAAUAUUAUUAGCUAUUAAAAAAGAUUUAGAAAUUAAUUAUGAUAAUGAUUAUUUAUUAAAUGAUGUAGUCAAAACAAUGUUAGUAAAAUUUAAUGAAUAUUAUGACAAAUUAGAAGAAACUUCACAUAUUGCGGCCUUUUUAGAUCCAAGAUAUAAAAAAUAUUGUUUUCCAGAAAUGAUAAGUUAUGAAAUACAAUUACCAAUUAGAAGUCUAUUAGAGCAACAACAACAACAAGGAGUUCCUAUUAUUUCAACAAAAAAAGUUUCUAGCUUUUUAAAGAAGUUAAAAGGAACAACUUCUGUUAUAAUAAAUGAGGAUGAUGAA